AUGCUAGCGUUUGUCCUCGCUACAUUGCUGCCAGCCCUAUGCUGUGCGCUCCCAUCCGUUGUUAUCAACGGUACCUCGAUCCUGGGAAGAGCGCUCGAGUACGCUAACCAGGAGGCUUUUAGAGGUAUCCCAUACGCUGAGACGCCCCUAGGCAGACUUCGCUUUCACCCACCGCAACCAAAGAUUUGGUCAAAGUUAUCUCAUACGUUCGAUGCUACUGAAUUUGGAUCAGCUUGUCUGCAACCAUUUGCUCUCCCAGGCGUUCAGAUAUCUGAGGAUUGUUUAACUCUAAAUAUUCAACGUCCUGCAGGUGCUAGUAAUGCUUCUGCAUACCCAGUAAUGGUUUGGCUUCACGGCGGGGGAUUUUUUGCCGGGCGAUCAUCAAGUCCAGAAUUCAAUGCAACCAACCUUAUUUCAUAUAGCGUCGCUAGGGGCACUCCUAUCAUCUAUGUUAACUUGAACUAUAGACUAGGACCACUUGGCUUCCCUCAAGGUACACAAGCAGAUAAUGGGAGGCUCAAUCUCGGUUUGAAAGAUCAGUUGUUCGCGCUCCAGUGGAUACACGACCAUAUUGCUGCAUUUGGAGGAGAUCCCAAGAAAGUUACUCUCUUCGGCGAAAGUGCUGGUGCUUUUUCAACGUCCAUUCAUUUAUUCAACCCAGUUAUUGAGGACUUGAUUGGCGGCGUGAUCCUGCAAUCCGGGGCCCCAUCUGGAGGCCGUGCUGAGUCGCGGGACGCAAUUUGGCAGAAAUUUGUCACAGCCGCUGGUUGCAGAGUGGAGGACUCGUGGACUUGCUUACAGGUAGUGGACUCUACCACGGCGCUGAAGGCGAUUGAGGCCGUCAUUGAGUGGGACAAUCCCAUUAGUUUUGCCCCAGCGCUUGACGGACCUACUGGUCUCAUCCCGGAUCAUCCUUCCCGUCUCUACGAAGAGGGUCGAUUCGCCAAAAUCCCUGUACUUUCCGGUCUCAAUCUUGACGAAGGGACGAUGUUCCCCCCUGAGAAGGUCGCUUCCUCGCAAGAGAUCAGAGAAUACCUUAGCAAAUCAUACCCGAGCUCUGGAAGCGAUUCAGUAGCUCUGGACAAAGUUUUGGACACAUUGAUGAGCCUUUAUCCAGAUAUCCCUGCCCUUGGGUCGCCGUACAACACAGGAAAUGAAACGUUUGGGCUAAGCAGUCAAUUCAAACGUAUGGCCGCUUUGUUGGGUGAUUUGAUGUUUGUUGCCCCAGGCAGGCUGCAUCUAAAGGCGCUGGCACUGGCGAACGUACCGAUAUACAGUUACCUGUUUACGGAGAAGCCAGGAUCAGCCCCCCCUCAUUGGGGCGUUGCUCAUAGUGCUAACAUUGCUUACGCCUAUGGGCAGCCACCCACGCCAGUCUCGGCCUCAUCGCAGCAACUCGCCCCAAUUAUGAUGGAUUAUUGGUUAUCGUUCGCGUAUGAACGCAACCCUAACGACGGCCACGGUCACAACAGGCGAGAGUGGCUCCCUUACACGUUGGAAUCUCCAAUCAUCCUGCAUCUCAAUGGCGAGGACCUCAGGAUGAUCCCCGGCGAUUAUAGGAAAGACAAAAUAGAGUAUAUCAUGUCUCAGGCAGCCAUACUGGGAAUGUAG